AUGUUCCUUACGUCUCUCAACAAGUGGCUUUCAGCUACCACUUUUCUUAGCCCUUUCAAUCAUGCACCACAAUCCCUGCUUCUUGAUUCCACCGCCAAGUUCUCAUGGAUCCGACGCUUCGCCUCGGUAGGCGAUUCUUACUCCGCCGGUCUCGGUUCAGGAGACCGUCUUGACUGGCUCUGUUCGCGAUAUGCACAGUCCUACCCGAACAUCCUCCACACCUCUCUUCUCGGUGAUAACCCCAAUCGAACACAUCAGUUCCUUGCCUGUUCCGGCGCCACAAGUACCGAGGUCCUCGAGAAGCAGAUCCCUGUUUUGCAGGACAACCUAGACUUGCUCACCAUGUCCGCCGGCGGGAACGAUAUCGGGCUAACACCCAUACUAAGUAAUUGUGUUUACCAGUUCUACAUGUCAGCCGAGGACUCCUGUCGACGAGCGAUCGAUGAAGCACGGGCGAGGAUCGCGAAUGAAACAGAACUUUAUCAUAACGCUACACUGCUCAUUGAAGCUGCGAAACCGAAGAUGAACCAAGAGUAUGGCGUCAUCUACUACACUGGCUACGCAGGGUUCUUCGGCACCGACGACGAAAUAUGCGAUAACGUUACCUGGGCAGUAUGGAAAGACGUGGAGUGGACGAAACAGUAUCUCAAGCGCGAACUCAGAAGGGAGUUGAACGACAUGGUCCACUCUGUCAAUACCAUCCUGCACAAAGCCGUGAGCGACGCUGGUCCAAACGUCCGUUUCAUCGACUACGACGUACACAUCUCUGCAGCACACGGCCGAUACUGCGAAAAAGAUGUCCAAGAACCCGAUCCCAAUCGUCUCGGCCUUGUAUUUUACGAGUGGAACACUGUCGAUAUAGGCGAGAACCAGACUGCGCUGCAGAAUCACACUGGCGAUGAUGUACCGAAACACUCGUUCCAAGGUGGCAUUGCGAGGGAUAUCAAUAAGGCACUUGAGGGACAUCCGGAUUGGACGUUUGAUCCUGAUAAGGGGUUUGUGAAUAAGACGGGAAUAGGAGGAGUUAAGGGAGAAGGGUGGUUGGGCGAUUCGAUUCAUUGGUUGCUGCCGGACAGUUAUAAGAGAGUUUUCCAUCUGAGGCCAAAGGGGCAUCUCAUAGUAGCGAAUUUGGUAGUUGAAGAUUUGGAGAGAGAGGGGCCUGGGAAAGCAAAGGUAGAUGGAGAGGCCGAAGAACUCUAA